GCGACCAGUUCAGGGUGUACCCUGCCUCGUGCCCGUUGACAGCUAGGAUAGGCUCCAGCACACCUGCGACCCUUAUGGGGAUAAGCGGCUCAGAAAAUAGAUAAGUGGAUGGACAGAUAUAUUGUUGUACUGAGAAAUCAAAUUGAAUUUGCACUCAAUUUGGGACUAAGGACUGGAUCCCGCGCGGGAGAUGGCGCUGGGAAUUGUGGGAUGCUGCGGGAACGGCGAGCUCACGGAACGCCAUCUUUAAACCCCAACAGUGAGGGCAACCAAGUCCGAUAAAAGUAGAUGAACCGGGAUGAAAAACACUGUCCCUCCUCCGGCGGAUUAUUUGCGCCCGCAGCGGGGUAGCGGUGCGAACUGUGCGCUCGCCCGCCACUUCGAUGACUAACGGGGGCGCCGUACCAUGGAAGCGAGCGGACGAGAUGUGCGGACGCCGCUUUUAAGACACUUGUCCUGAUAGGCGGCCAACAACAAUAGACUACAACAACGGACGAGUAUGCUAACGUGUUAACGUUAGCCGCUACGUCGGUGAAAACAUCCAAUUGAUAUUAACUUGAACCGGACGCUUUCCGCGGAGGGCACUGGCUUGUUUGGACUCACGCGGGGAAGCUCCGGCGACAAAGUGUGAUCGUUUAACUCCAAAAUUACACACGGAUAUUUUUUGGUACAUUUAAAAAAAACCCCAAAAUAUUAUUUUAGCUAAUAUCUUAAGCUAGCUCCGAGCUAAAGCCCCGGCUUCUUCAACCCCUCCCCGAGCGGCCCGGCCGGAGAUGCGUGGAAGAUGUCGGUGUCGGGGCUGAAGGCCGAACUGAAGUUUUUGGAGUCCAUUUUCGACCCAAACCAUGAACGAUUCCGGAUUAUCGACUGGAAGCCCGACGAGCUGAGCUGUCAGUUUAACGUAACUGGGGAGAAGCUGCUCAUCAUACACUGUAACAUAACUGAGUCAUAUCCAUCUACACCGCCCAUUUGGUUCGUGGACUCUGACGACCCCAGCUUGGCACAAGUGUUGGAACGUUUGGAGGAUGUGAGGAAAGGCAGCACACUGCUUUUACAGCAGUUAAAGAAGCUGAUUUGUGACCUCUGCCGACUGUACAAUCUUCCCCAACAUCCAGAUGUGGAGAUGCUUGACCAGCCGCUGCCCGCCGGCCCCGUUGGACAGGACCGAAAGCAUGGGACAGAGGAGGUCACAUCAGAAGAGGAGGAGGAGGAAGAGAUGGGAGAGGACAUAGAAGACCUGGACCACUAUGAAAUGAAAGAGGAGGAGCCCGUUGAAGGCAAGAAGUCAGAAGACGACGGCAUUGAGAAGGAGAAUCUGGCCGUCCUGGAGAAGAUCCGGAAGAAUCAGAGGCAGGACCACUUGAACGGAGCCGUCUCUGGUUCUGUGCAAGCCUCGGACCGCCUGAUGAAGGAGCUCAGAGAGAUCUACAGGUCUCAGAGUUACAAAACUGGCAUCUACUCGGUGGAGCUGGUCAACGACAGCCUGUAUGAGUGGCAUGUCAAACUACGAACUGUGGAUCCCGACAGUCCCUUACACAGCGACUUACAAGUCUUAAAAGAAAAGGAAGGAAUAGACUACAUUUUACUAAACUUCUCCUAUAAAGAUAAUUUCCCUUUUGACCCUCCAUUUGUGCGGGUUGUGUCACCCGUGCUGUCUGGGGGGUAUGUUCUUGGAGGAGGUGCCCUGUGCAUGGAGCUUCUCACCAAACAGGGUUGGAGCAGUGCCUAUUCAAUUGAGUCUGUCAUCAUGCAGAUCAAUGCCACUUUAGUCAAGGGAAAAGCCAGAGUGCAAUUUGGAGCCAAUAAAAACCAGUACAAUCUAGCCAGAGCACAGCAGUCCUACAAAUCGCUGGUCCAGAUUCACGAAAAGAAUGGAUGGUACACACCCCCAAAGGAAGAUGGCUAAAGAUUGUUUUCCCCCUUCCUGCUUCCGAUUUUCCUUGUGACCACCUCCCCCACCUUCCCCAACCCUCCUCCACAAACCGUUUUGAACGUUUUGUGAACUCCAAGCCAAAAUUCCUCAUCUAGUGACCAACCAACCAGAAACAAAGCACAUAAGCAAAUAUACCACCCCUCGGCAUUGGACAUCAGUCCCGCCGCCACAUAUUUAUCUCCCGGUGGAAACGGUCAACUGAAUAACCGCUGACACAUCCAUCACCGAGGCUGGUUUUUAAUAGGACAUUGCCAAUUUGGCAACAGACUUGGUCUUGGACCACAUCACCACGGUGGGGCUCGGUCUCUGUGGACCCUCCGCGUAUGCCGAGCCGGCUCGCAAUUCGGUGUCUCUUCAUAACCUGAAGGCCUCAGGUGAAGUGAACAAACCUACAUUUUGUCAGCUUGAGCCUGGCGUUGAGGGGAAAAAAAAAAGGACCGAACUGGACGGGAUUGGCUCACAUUGUAAUUUAGUUCAUUUUAAUGCCACAUUGUAAACAUGUACAUUUAUAUUUCCGUGAGAGGAUGUUUAUAAUAUGACCUCCUCGCAUCCCCCUGAGACUGUGUACGCCAGUGUGGGCCACAACUAUCAACAGCAACCUUCCCUCUUGGAACAAAGAAGUUGCCACACGGAUACUUUUGCAGAAGGAAACUAAAGUAUGCCAUGUUCGUAUGUAAGGCUAAUGACUACUGCGUGUGUGUGUGUGUGUGUGUGUGUCCCCCGUCCCCCAGUAUUCAUUUGUAAUCCAGGUGACAAUAACCGCUUUUAGGCAGAAAGCUGCAAAAUAUUGCCUCCAUCCGAGCCACCGCAGAAGAUGACAAAAAUCCAGUUCAAUGCCGCCGGGGGGUUGUAUGUAAUACUUGUCGGACUGGAAUUCCACAUCAACAGGUGGAGAAGUGGGGGUCACUUCUUACACUUUGCACACCCUGCCCAGACAUUGCAGAAUACUUUACGCCCAGGUGGCAUCCCACUUCUGGCACGGUUUCCAAUACUACCUCCAAAGGCCGUAAAUCACCAGUUUGACUUGGUUCCCACCUUUCCCUCUCGGUGCCAUUUAUCCUGAAUAGCGACACGGGGAGGUGUGAAGGGCCAGCAAUAGGGCGGCGUAAAAGUUGUCAUUGACCCCUCCUCUUCGACGAUGCGUUUUUAUCACAGCUGUCACGGUCAUUCCACAAAGUUUUGGGGAGUCUUUUUGUUUUUUGUCAUUCCUUCCACCAGAUGUACCUCAAUCAGGCUAUGCAUCGAAUCACCAAUUAAUUGCACCGUUUCGUUCUCACAAGCCACGGCACCAAUCAUCUAUUUCUGGGCUUGAGGAGGUGACAAGCAAAAAAAGUGACCUUCCAAGUCAUCCUAGAUGUUGAAUUGGGUUUUCUUCAACUCACAGCAAUAGUCUGAACUUUGCACCUCACUACUUCCAUCACGGGAACUCCUUGCUCAUCUGUGAUAUCAAGUGAUUUUCUGUUCUGUGUUCAUUCCAUUUAAGCGCUCCCAUCAUGGGUUUUCACUGGUGUUACCCGCGCUGAUUUAAAGUAGAACGUUGUCAAAAACAGCAUAGGGAGCUCUGUUGUGAGGUUUUCACACAUUGGUUUCGACCGAGACUACCACAAACGCCCCACAUCCCAUCAGUUUGCGUCACGGGAUGAACCGGACACCGUUGUAGCCUCUUGGGACCGAAACAGAGUACCAAACUUCAGAGUGUGAGCAAAGCCUUAAUUCCGUUGUUCCCUUGUGGGAAAAAAAAUAUAUAUAUAUAUUUCAGCCACCGGGCCUCGUGUUUUCACUAGGUGGACCUUUUCGUCAAACGCCGUAGACACCUUCCGUGUCCAUGUCGGCAUAGUGUGGGAGUUGAGGCCGCAAACUCAGGAAUGCAUACUACAAACGUAGCGAAGAAUCUUUCAAAGUCCUCAUCCUGAUCAUUGCCGUGCAUGUCAAUUAAUAUAGCCCAACUCCUCAAAGUCAUUGAAAGGCCUUGUUGGGUGGAAACUUAACAUCGGUUUAUCGGGUGGUGUCAGCAUGUCACAGUAUUGCUAUUUCUCGGUGGUGUCAAACGCAAAUCAAAGGACAGAGUUUCGUGUCAUUUUGGAUAGGUGUGGAUUUACUUAUUUUCCUCAGCUCAAUUUCAAAGGCAACAUCUUUAACCGAGCAACAAUUACAUCUCGGCUCUUGGCAGUAGUCAUCAAGUGCACUGUGUGGGAAACCAGGUUAAACAAAGUUAAGUUCCAGUUCUACAUAAAACCUCCUCCCCACCCCUCCCGAGUCUGAUGUGCACUGAAAUCAGCUCCCACGAAGUCCACUGCUGAUCCAAAGUCAGAAGUGAUGCCAGGUUUCCUUCCACUAAACUGCAGUUGUCCCCUGGCUUCUUAAGUUAUGCACUGGUUAGCAUGCUUGGCUUUCAGUUCAUAUUUUUGUUUUAUUACCCCCCAUUGCAAGGGUGAAUUUGACCAUGUAAAGUAAUUUGUAAACUUGCAUCAAGUUUAUAAAUAAAGAAUUUUAUGAAAUAUC